GUGGCUCAGAAUCCACUGAGGGGAAAAAGAGGGAAGCGGGGCAGGAGAGCAGUGGUGUGGCAGUCAGCAUCAGUCACUUCAGAGCAGAGGAGGUGGGAGAUGAUCGGGAGACCCUCUGCUGAACUCUCACAGGGCUGACCGGUCAUCACACACUCAUCAUCUCAGAUUGAUUAUCUACGACUCUCCAGCAGCAGCAUGAGCUCGUCAUCAGCCAACCUUCAUAACAAACGCCUACCCUCGGAAACCGAGCGUGGCCAGAGGAUCCCAGAUGUGGAUGCAGCACAGCAGCUCAAGCUGAGAGAGAGGCAGCGUUUCUUCGAGGAGGUCUUCCAGCAUGAUGUGGACGUAUACCUGUCCUCGGCGCACCUUUGCAUCCGAGACUACAAGAGACCUCCAAUCGGCAGCAUCUCAUCCAUGGAGGUGAACGUGGACUUGCUGGACCAGAUGGAGCUGAUUGACAUCUCUGACCAGGAGGCACUGGAUGUCUUCUUCAGCUCUGGGGGAGAAGAGGGGGUGAUGACCUCCCCACUGCCAGUCCAAGGAAACAACAACAACAACGAGGAAGUCAUUAGUAAUGGACUCUUUCGACAUGUCCUUGAGGGUCUUGAGGCCAAGUCCCGCAUGUCCUCCACAUCUUCAAACUCCUCCUCCGACAGCCAGACCACCAAUGCCAACGGAGCAGACACCCCUGUAGUCAGGUCAGACGACGAGGAAACACACACCAGCACAUUCAAGCGAAGAGCCGCACCUCCAGAGAUAGAGAAGGUGAGAAGUCAGACUCCAUCAUCGUCUUCCUAGGACGCACCCUGUGGCACAGUAGUGGACGCCUUGGCCGGGGGCGAAGGAUGGACUGGAUGGGAUGCACGCUAUUGAAAAAGGCAUCUCAGCUGCUGCUGUCUUCCACACAGUGACUCUUAUCACCGCUUUCAACCUUUCCUUUUAUUUUCGAGUUAUAGGUUAGGUUCUGUGUGUGUUUUGGAGAUGGCGACAUAUGGAGAUUUCGUAUUAAUUGUCAGCUGUUUUCAUUCUUGUUUUGGCAUGUUUUGAAGGACGAGAUUUGUUCCCCUCUUUCCGAUCCCACAGGCCCUUUUAGCUGAUGAACGAUGAAUUUUGUACAGUAUUAACACAACCCAGGACAUUAAAGCAGUGAAGUAUGAAUUGAGGUACAUUUGGCAAGAGAAGACUUCAAGUUAUUCAAUGUACUGUUUUUGUCCUACCAAUGCAAAUUAUGUUUUCUAGCUCUAAUUUGAAAUGUAUCUCUCACAAGAUUUCUUUGUUUUAACAAUAAAGGAAGGUGGGAAAAUGUA